CCUCUUUAUGAUAUGAGCGAACAAGAAGAAAAACCAUUCGGUUUCACAAUUAAGUCGUAUAUCGAGUCGGCAUCAGAGUGCAACGUUAUCCCGUCUUUUUCGGAAUUCGUUCGUCUGAACGCUGACUUCAUAGUGAGAUCAUCUACAAAAACGAGCGACCUUCAGGGACUGGAGGGUGCAUGGGCAAAGCGUUUCGAUUUAACUGCAAGAAUAUUGAAUACUGAGGAAAGUAUCGCGUCAGGUACAAUAAAAACAUCGCCAACGUUGUGGGAGCUUCAGUUGGGCUUACUGACUGCGGUUGUUACAUUCCACAACAUUGGCGAUGUUUUUUUCCGACGUUGGGGAGCUUCAGUUGGGCUUACUGGCUGUGGUUUUACAUUCCCAACAUCGGAGUGUUGCUGGGGGCUUCAGUUGGGUUUACUGACUGCGGUGACUAAUGACAAAGCAGAUUGGUAUAGUAUCUUCGAAAAAUUGCAUAUGGUAGGUUACAAAACCUAUGUGCUAGUUGUUCUUGAUCAACCUCACUGUGAUUUAACAUGCGAUAUAUGUCAGAUUCAAAUCUCAGAAAGUCGUCGCGAAAAAACCUACAUUAUGUAUUCAAAUGAGAACGAGCACUUCGGGAAUAAAUUAAUGGAAGAUCAGAAAAAGUCACAACUGGACGUGGAAAAGAAAGUUCCUAAUAAUCCUUUUAUUGUACCUGGAACAACUGGCGAGAAUGACUUGAAUAGUUUUGUUGUAUCUGAAUCUAAUACAAAUCCAUUCAGGAAGAACUAUGGAUUUCGAACUCCACCUCAUCAAAUUGUAAGCAACACAUACGACCAAGAAACGUCAAUAAAUGAAAAUAUAUUAAGAAUGUCUGCUAAAAGUUUAGCGGAAUUAGAUGAAUCCAAGUACUUUGCGGAUUUUAUUCCACAUUUUAUAAGAUACAAGGAAUUGCAAAAAAAUAAUCCAUAUUCGCAAAUUACGAUCAAAAAAGCCAAAAAGGAAAGUGAAUUACCUGAAGAUUGGUGUAAUGUCAUUGAAGAUUAUUUUAAAGAAACAACAGAAAGUGGAUCAAUAAAAAAUAUAUCUGAUUGGAUUUGUAUUACGGAAGAGCUAGGCGUUGCAAAAGAGAAAGAUAACAAGGAGUUAAUAAAAAUAAAAAAUAUUUGA